AGAAAUAUUAUCAUACACGUUGCUUUAGUUGUUUUUAUUGUCGACAACCAUUCUAUAAGAACAAUAAUGCAAAGACCAUUCCUAGAGUAUUCAAAGGCCAAAUUUAUUGUAAUGAACAUUACCAAGUAGCUGCAAGAGGGCUUACUUGUGCAACAUGGUAAAGCAUGCACAAAGUUUCUCCUUAGACUGAUUAUAUCGUCAUAGUAAAAACUCCAUAGAAUCGUUUGUACGACCUACUAUUGCGUUAGGUCAUUACUUUCAUCCUGAACAUAUUCGAUGCCAUCAUUGUCAUAAGCCUGUGGAUCCACUAAUGACAGGCAUAAAAGAAAGAAAAGGCAACAUCUAUUGCCAGACUGACUAUAACCAACUAUUUCUACCCAAAUGUCAAUCAUGUCAUAAACCAAUAGAAAAAGAAGCUGUUGUGUCUAGUGAUGGUAAACUAAAAGGAAAAUGGCACAAAUAUUGCUUUAAAUGUCAAUUGUGUCAAUCUUCUUUUGUAAACAAUCAAUUCUAUAUCUACAACCAACAACCUUAUUGUAAGCUGGACUAUCAUAAACUCAAUAAUACAUUAUGCCAUUCAUGCUCUUUGCCGGUCGAAGGUGAAUGUGCUGUUACGUCAGAAGGAUGGCGUUUUCAUCCAAGUUGCUUUACUUGUCAUGCAUGCAAGACAAAUAUUCAUCAUGUAUACUAUGUAUAUAAUAAUCAUGUUUAUUGUCAAGACCAUAUACCUUUGAAUAACAUUCCCAAUUUUAGUUAGUGAGUGCUUUAUUGUGUUAUGCAUUAAAAUAUAUAUAUAUA